GAGCCCGGUCCGUGGGAGGGGUCUGCCGGAGCUCUCCCUCUAAUUGACCAGCGAGCAGCAGCAGAAGCCGGGGAGGAGAGAGGCAGCAGCAGACACAGACCGCCGGAGAGGUAUACUCAGCAAACCGCAUUGUGUUGCUUAAUAACCGAUUAUUGAAAGACAUUAGGUGGAAUGAGAUUCAUUAGCGUGUCGCAUGGUUACUGAGUGUUUGGGAGCAGCGAGUUGAGAGCUUCGCGGAAGACAGAAAAAAAGGCAGAAGAGAAAGUGAAGCAGUGGGAAUGCCAUUAUGACACAUAAUGUCAUGGGAAUUCAUUUAAGACUUGCUUUAGAUCUACUUUAAAAUGCUUGCGGUGCAACCAGGAGAAAGAGGCGUAUUUGUGCAAAUACUUCAGGCACAAAUAGAAAGUGGCUUGCAGCGACAAAGCGUGCAACAUUAAAGUCAUCUCAGGGAGUUGAAGCAUCUUUUUUUGGUCUCUUUUUUUUGUGUUGCAUGUCUUACUGACAGAAGCAGGCGGACGCAUGGGCUGGACUAAACGGGAAACAAAGCCGAGAUCAGCUCAAAUGGCUGAUCUGGAACUGUUUUACUUUGACCACAACGACCCGAGAGACACCGACCCGGUUGGAAAGAAGCAAAGUGCCGACAAGACCAGCGGAGGAGAGACUUCAGCACCAUGGACAGAGACCCGGACAGCUGCUGUGCACCCGGAGGAGGAGACAGAGACAUCUUUCACCUGCAAACACCGAGGUGAUGAUGAUGAUGAUGAUGAUGAUGUCCAGCUCAUAGGGUCAAAUCCACAAACGUGCAGACUGAGUCAGAGCUCCUCCAGUGAACUGUACGAGGAGGAGGAGGAGGAGGAGGAGGAGGUGGUGGAGGAAGAGGUGGAGGAGGAGGAGGAGGACAUCCAGGAACUUUACUUGCUGUCCGACGACGACCUUUCCUCCGAGGGCUCUGGGAAGUCAGUGGAUUACGGCUUCAUCAUCGCAGUGACGUGCCUGGUGACUGGCAUCUCUCUGGUCGCCAUCUCCUACACGGUCCCCCGGGACGUCCGGGUGGACCCGGACAGCGUGUCCGCCCGGGAGAUGGAGCGGCUGGAGCGGGACAAAGCCCGGGUGGGGGCUCAUCUGGACCGGUGCGUCAUAGCGGGACUGUGCCUGCUCACCCUGGGGGGCGUGUUGCUGUCCACGCUGCUCAUGGUCUCCAUGUGGAAAGGAGAGAUGAUGAGGAGGAAAGCCUUCGCUUAUUCCAAACACGCAGCCAAGUUGUACGGCUCGAUCAAUCUGAGAGCAGGAUCUAGCCCGACUAGGGGAUCCUGCUCACAUUUGUCAGCGGCUGAUGAGGAUUUAGAAGUGCUCAGCUGAAUUUAUGGACAGGACAAGUGGAAAAGACUCUGAAAAGUGUUUAAGAAAUCCUGCUAGUUGCUGCCCUUUAAUCAGGGGCUUAAUGCCUUUUUGGUUCAGGCUGUUUUUGGUUCAUAUGGACAUUUUUUAAAGGAUAUGUUCACAUUUUUUCAAGUCUGUCUUAACACAAUACUCACAUGCCCAAAUGUACACUGACAGAGUUUUUGUUUGCUGUAAUUGUUCCUUCUGUCCAUACUGGCCCUGAACAGAUCGAGUCCUUGUCGAAUUCCAAUGUAAGUGAACAAAAAAAUGCAUUUUGAAGUUCAGCGGAGGCUCAUGUGAGGGUUUAGAAGUUGGAUAAUCAGACCAAAAACAGACCUGUAAUGAAACAACACAAGGGUCUUCGUUGUUUUGUUGCUUCAGGUACCAGUGAGACAAUGAAAUGCAAUCCAUGAGUUUGAAGGUUUAUCUGAUGCCUGAAACCAGCCCUGUCACCUAAAAAUUCCAUUCCCAUAUAAGGAAACUGCAUUAUGAAUUACAUUUUGAGGGAAAGGUAUUUUGUCGUGGAUUACGUUUGUUGUUGACAUCCCAAAUACGUGUCCAAUGAGAGUCUGAGUAGGAAGGAGGUCGCGAUGGUGGAUUGGUCAAAUGAACACAGGACUUUCACCCAGGAGACUGCUGUUAGUGUUCCGUUUGAAACCAGAAGAAAAAGUUCACUUAUUUUGAUUUAUAUGCACAGAUUAAUAACAUAAAAAAUUUAAUCAUUUUAAGCCAAACCAUCAUUUUUUAU